AAAAAAAAAAAAAAGAAAACCCUAGAAACCUAUAUAAACCAACCAACAUGAUACAUUCUUUCCUUCUUGUUUUUUUUUCCUCCUACCUUUUUUUUUUAUAUAUUCAAAUACCCUCUCACUUUUCUGUUUUAUUGAUUAAUUAACUCAAAUGACCUCCACUACUGACGAUCCUACUGGUGUAUUUUCUGUCUUCAAACAAGAUACUAAUCGGUCGGCACCCUUCUAUUGUCGUUGGACUACGGAAGAAGAUAAACUAUUGAUGGCAGCCGUCAAGAAAUAUGGUCCCCACAAAUGGUCAUUGAUUGCACAACAUGUCCCUGAUCGAACUCCUGUACAAUGUUCAACACGUUGGCUUGGAGCUCUCAACCCCAAUGUACACAAAGGAAGAUGGUCACCUGAAGAAGAUGAAGCAUUGACAGAAGCUGUCAAGAAGUAUAGUAAUCGAAGUGUAUUACCAUGGAAUCGAAUUGCACAAAACAUUCCCAAUCGAACUGGUAUUCAAUGUCAAGCAAGAUGGACAGAAGCUCUUGAUCCAACUGUACGAAAAGGACGAUGGAAAAAAGAAGAGGAUGAUAUGUUACGUGCUGGAGUAUCACGAUUUGGAUGCUGUUGGAUUAGAGUAUCAGGAAUGAUUUAUGGACGAACACAACGACAAUGUCGAACCCGAUGGAAUCAAAUUAAAUCAAGAAAAGAAAAGGCAAGGAACAAGGAUCAAUCAACUAGUGAACAGCAAAAAACAGAAUUUGUUUCUCUUUCUUCACCUACUUUAUUGGAAGAAAAGUUAACACCACCCAUCUCACCUAUGGAUCAACAACAGGAUCAACAAUUGCAAUGGAUGAAUCUACCUCGUAGUAUUACAGUGGCGGUCGACCCAUGUGAAACGGAUUACUUUUGUUUAUCACCACCUUCACCGUCAUCUUCUUUGGAUGAUAUGUUGACUUUACCGGAUGAUGAAGACGUGGAUCAUCAUGAUUCUACUGCAAAACCUCAGUCUUCCCUUUUUAUUCCAUGUGAAUUUUACCGUUUUGACCCAGAAUUACCCUCCUCCCUUAUGUUACCAGAUUCCGAUUUGAUGCUCAAUGAUCUCCUUUCACAUCAAUUCUCUUCUUCUGUUUUAUGAUUAUGUCUUUUUAUUAUUAUUUUUGUAUAUAUGUUAGUGUAUUAGUCAUUAGACCUUUAUUUAUGUUCAUAAUAAACAAUCUUUUUUUUUUAUCCCA